UUGUCCUCCAGUUUCCCUGCUGUCGCUCCCUGAGGUUGUGAAUCUCCACAGUGUGUGUUGAACCACCCCGUGGACAGACGCGCCUCCCUGGUCUACCAAAGAUCCGGACCCUUAAAAGCCCAGAACAAUGCCAGGUGCGCAUUGGAAAGGAUAGAGAGGGCGGAGGACCGGUGGACACCCUGCUGUCCGGCAACCCGGGGGCGCGCUUUGUUUAAGGACCUUUCUGCUGUUUAAGCCAAAAGAAGACCAAAAAAAAAAACAAAACAAAAAAAAAACAUCUCACGAAAAUGGAUCCUUUGCGAAAUGGGAAUAAUUGUGAGGAAGACACCCAAUGUGCUGAGGAAGAAGAAGAAGAUGAAGAAGAAGAAGUGGAUCCUAGAAUCCAGGGAGAGCUGGAGAAGUUAAACCAGUCCACCGACGACAUUAACCGCUGGGAGAGUGAACUGGAGGACUGCCGUCAGAGGUUUCGUGCCGUCCUGGUGGAGGCCACAGUGAAGCUGGAUGAGCAAGUGAAAAGGAUUGGACGAGCCGUGGAUGACUCCAAACCAUAUUGGGAAGCACGCAAAGUGGCAAGACAGGCGCAGGUUGAAGCCCAGAAAGCCACUCAGGAGUUCCAGCGGGCCGUGGAAAUCCUACGUGCGGCCAAGGAAACCAUCGCCCUGGCCGAGGAGAGGCUAUUGGAGGAGGACAGCCGCCAGUUUGACUCCGCCUGGCAGGAAAUGCUCAACCAUGCAACACAGAGGGUAAUGGAAGCUGAGCAGGCAAGAACACGCAGUGAAGCUGAACACAGAAAAACAGCAGCCAAUUACAAUUCCUCCAUCAGCCAUAUGAGGCAGCUAGAGAAGAAACUCAAACGCUCCAUUAACAAAUCCAGGCCAUAUUUUGAGCUGAAAGCCAAGUAUUAUCUCCAGCUUGAGCAACUUAAGCAUCAUGUGGAUGAGCGUCAGGCUAAACUUGUGGUCGCUAAGGCAGAGUAUCGCGCAGCUCUACGCAACCUAGAGAGCAUCUCUGAGGAGAUCCAUGCACAGAGACGCUCCCUCGCCAUGGGAACCAGAGAACAGGGUGUCGGUGCAGAGGGUGACGGAGGCAGCGACGAUAUAGCUAACUUCAAGAUGGAGUCAGACGGUUUAUCGAUGGUGUCAGUGUCGAUUGACGAAGAGGGCAGUCACAGUAGCAGCUCAGAGGAAGAGGCCGACCCCGGCUCCCCCUCCUCAUCCCGAGCCAUGCCCUCAUCUUCCUCCCCUCCCUCCUCCCCUGCCUUGACACCCCUCGAAAUGCCCUUCAGCCCCUGCUCCUAUAUCUCCGCCUCACCUUCCUCCUCCUCCUCCUCCAUCUCCAUCGGGUCCUCCUCUUGUCCUGGUGCAGUGGAGUUACCCAGCCCCUGUAGUUCUCAUGACCCAGACUCAGUGUGUGGUUCUGGGCAUGCCUCACCUCUCCUGGGCCCUCGCAGCCAGUGCAGUGGAGCUUCCUCUCCAGACUGCGAGCAGGAGAGAGGCGACAGAGCAGACGGAGCAGAGGCCACAUUAGAAGCCGGUCUGAAGAAGCUCACCUUAACUGUAGCACAAAACCAGAAAGAGGACUCUGGAGAUGAACAGGACGACCCCUGUUACCCGAGCCCUGAAAUCCCCUCUUCCAGCUCAGCUACUACCAUUUUACUGCUGAACAGCGUCUAAUGUUGCACCUUUAACGUUAACGUCGAGUGUGAAAACUGGUGUAGGUUUAAGCUCUCACCGUAACCAAUGAGAGAGAGCGAACUGUGAGCUCUGAGAUGAAGUCGACCGGUGUCACAUUAAAGGUGCUAUAGUAUUGUAUUUAAACAUUAGUCUGUCAGUGUUAAAUAGCCAUGUGGACAAGUAUUGCUAACAAACAUGAGUAGGAAUGGGAGUUACCAUCUCAUUUCACUCCAGUGGUAUUACUAGUGCUUUGUCAUUUUAAGAACUUCAUUUCCUCUUGUAAAGAGGAUGCUCUAUGUUGCCAACGUACUGAUGCCACUAAACAUUUCUGAUGAGAGAAGAACACCUUUUUUGUGCCAUAAAUACAUUUCCUUCUGCAUUAUACAUGUUAUGUAAUUUCCAACCCAUUAGCACAAUUUAGAGCCUCUCAGCAGUAGUGUAGCUUAUUACCAAUGUGUCCAAGUUCAUGUGGUAAAACUUUUGGUGUUAAAAUACUAUAGUUCCCAAUACUAUGAGACAUUUUGUCCUCAAGUGAAUAAUGAGCCUCUUUUUUUUGGCUUUGAAUCUCCACCGGAUGAAAAUCAAACUGGAUCACAGUAAUUCCUGCUUAAAUUCAGAUGUAGUCUAUGGAGACAUUUUCAGAGGAAGAUGGAAGCUGAAGUGUAAGCAGAGCACCAAACAGAAGAAGAGACUCCAGUGGGAGUUUGUAGACACUAAUGGUCUUCCAUUGAGAUUUGUGAAUGAGUGAGUGAGUGUGUUAUUAAAAGCAGAUCAGUAUCUGAUUUGUGUGUGUGGACAUUUUUUUAUUGUGUGUCUUUUGUGUGUUUGAGAAAAAGUCAAAUGCUACCCUGUAGUACAAAUACUCUAUAUUUAUACUCCUGUAUUCUUGUAUAUGAACUAUGUUUUGUGGUUAUUCUUGUUGUAUGUAUAACACAAAAUAAAUGUGCUUCACAUAACAGA